UAGUUCAAAUGUCUUGGUCUAAACCACUAUACAUUUUGUCACAUAGCAAAGCAGUUCUCAAAGAUGCUAUCAAUCGAGACUCUACAUUUUUAGAGAAAAAUCAAAUAAUGGAUUACUCGCUUCUUGUAGGCUUAAAUCAUGAUAGCAGUAUACUAGUACUGGGAAUAAUCGAUUACAUACGAACAUUUACUUUCGAUAAAAAGGUUGAGUCAUUUGUAAAACAAACUGGCAUAUUAGGUGGCAUGGGCAAAUUACCAACAGUUAUAUCACCAGAGCGUUAUAAGCAACGAUUUAUUGAUGCAAUGGAUCGUUAUUUCUAUACGGUUCCGGAUCGUUGGGAAGGUUUGUCAAAAACUUAAUUACUGGAGAUUUUUAAGUGAUUCAUGUUGUAUAACUAAAUAUUUAUAUUGAAAUAAAUUCAAAGUUAUAUCUGUAUUGUAAUAUGUACUGUAUAUCUUUAUACAAUCAAUAUACCGUA